GUUUUAGAAUACAUAUGUAUUUGCUAAAAUGAAAUACUGUGCUCACAUUUUAAUACCGUAGUCCUUACACACCUCUCAGCAAUUAACCUGUAGUCCUCUGCUUCGUCCUGUGCAUCUUCCGGGUAUUAUUCCUAUUCUCAAAACAUAAUCACGCCUUAUUCCUCUGCGGCCGGGCAGUUAACACGCACAGAUUUAUGAAAAAUCGCAGCAAGCCAUUUAGGGUUGGCAGCGCGGACUCUUCAAUACUGGGUGAUCCAGAUAUUAGUAGUAAAUUCUGUGAAGAGGGCUCCGUGUACGCCACAACGCGACUAAGAAACACUGCAUCCCGCGUUCAGGCUCGGCCAGACCAGUCUCGACUCCAGGUAAAAAGCCCAGCUGCAGAAGGACCAGGUCUGAUCGGAGGAUGUGGCGACAAGCGUUUGCAGCUGUGCUGCUGGCAGUAAGCAUUGGCUACUUCUACCACUCCAACCCUGCAUUUCCAGAGCUGGCUGUGCGCUACCUCACCACAUCCCUGCAGUCCCUGUCCAGCUGCCUUCAGGGAAGCUCCAGCACUGCUACCAUUGAGCAGACCAUCUCCUCAGCCUGGGACACACUCAUCACUGCUCCAGCCACGCAGUGGACCAGAGUGGCUGUGGGAGUGAACACCUGCGUGGACGUGGUGGUAACCGGGGUGGGGCUGCUCCAAGCGCUCGCUAUCAAUCCCGGCACAGGGGUGGAUCACGAGGUCCUGCACUCCAAAGAGGACCUCAAAGAAACCUUCAUCCACUACAUGAAAAAGGGGGCGGCCGCCGAGCGAUUCUACAGUGACAAGGAGUCGUUUCAGCGGAUAGCCCAGGCGGCAUCCGAGUAUCCCGGCGCUCAGCACUUUGUGGGUGGAAACGCAGCUCUGAUUGGUCAGAAGCUGGCAACCAAUCCCCACGUGACGGUGCUGCUGUGCGGGCCGGUCGGACCCAAACUCCACGAGCUGCUGGCUGAUCAGAUCAUUGUCCCGGCUGAGUCUCUGCAGGUGACUGAUGAGUAUCACCUCAUCCUGGAGUACAAGGCAGGAGAUAAGUGGGGCUCAUUGCAGGCGCCCAAUGCAAACCGCUUCAUCUUUUCGCAUGACACGUCCAACGGGGAGAUGAGUGCACUGGAGACCUUCGUGGGGAGCAUGGAAGAGUUCCAGCCCCAGCUGGUGGUGCUGUCCGGGCUGCACAUGAUGGAGGGCCAGGGCAGGGAGCUCUGGGAGGAGCGUCUCAAAGAGGCUGUGGUAACCAUCUCGGACAUCCCCAAUGAGGUCCCUAUCCACCUGGAGCUGGCCAGCAUGACAGACACAGACUACAUGAACAGCAUCAUGCAAGAGCAGGUUCUGCCUAUAGUGAAUUCCAUCGGCCUGAACGAGCAGGAGUUGCUAUUCAUCUCGCAGGCGGGCUUAGGCCCCCACUCCCAGCUGCCCUCCUGGAGCAGCAUCCCUGAUGUUGGUCAGGUCAGUGACAUACUCUUAUGGAUCCUCAAGCAGCACGGCCGCACUGACCUGGAGUCUGAGGCUGAUCUCACUCGCAUCCACUUCCACACCCUUACCUACCACAUCCUGGCCACAGUCGAUGGCUUCUGGGCCAACCAGGUGUCUGCCGUGUCUGCUGGCGCCAGGGUGGCUGGGAGCCAGGCCUGCGGCACACAGGAGAUCGACGUGAACAGAGUGGUCCUCAAAGCCCCCCUGGAGUUCCACACCUCCCGGGACGAGCCAGGACAGACGUUGACUUUAAAUCCGUCCGAGCCUGUGGUAGUCUGGCACAGAGAAAAUGUCUCCUUUUACCUCACGCCUGUUUUAGUUUGUAAAAACCCACUUCGGACAGUUGGGCUGGGGGAUGCCAUUUCAGCAGAGGGACUGUUGUACUCCGAAAUGGCUGAGCAGUAACCGACUGUUGGAAUGGAAAUACUAAGUGCAGACUGUCUUAUUCAGUACCAUUUGGGCCAUGCUACAACAAAGGGUCUCCGACAAUCGGAUAGCAUAAGGUUUCCCUACUUAAUUGAAAUAAUCUUGAGUGGUUUUGUCUUUUUUUGUGUCAAAUGUGUACAGUACCUGUAUUCAGAGGCAACACUUACGUGCUUAUGGUUUUUUCACAAUGGGAAAUCGCACUUUAAUGAGCAAUAGCACUUGUUUCUGAAUAUGGCAUACUCCAGAUAUUCAGGGUUGAGCAGUCUACUCGGGUACACCCGAAAAUGUAUUUCUAAUUUGGCUUCAAUAGAGACACAUGCAUUGCCUUAAUGUUAACCAAUUAAAAAUAAGUGAUAUUUUGCUUAUGCUGAUUUGCUGUUAUGAAAACAAAUGGCUGUGUAUUUAAUAAGGUGCCUUUUUUAAUGGAAAAGGAUGAGGCGUGUUUAUAGUGUACACAGAAUUUAGCAUUUUGUUAAAGUCAAAGACAUUGCAGAACCUUCCAGGCACAGAUGGUGCUGAAUAAGAGAGUUUGGGUCUUGGGUAUGUAUUCCAACAAACAACUGGAAGAAUAGAGAGCAUCUGGGAUCAAUGCAAAAGGGGCUUAAGAAAUAAAUGUCCUGCUCGUUUUUAUUUCAAAAGUCAAACUGUAAUUUUAUCUUGGUAUGCAGUUUACUGGCCUGAGGCAAAUCACGUUCUUCUAAUAUACAAUCAAAAAAAAAAAAAACUUAACAAAAGUAAGUGAUGCGCACACCAAAUAUCAAAUUAGGUAACGGCCCUUCGUCAAAAUUGAGUUUGACAGCCCUGCAUCAGAGUGACUAUAACUUUUAUCAAAGAAAAUAUGAAUCUGAAAAAAGAUAAUGUCAAAAAAAGACAAAUAAUGUCAUUGUAUCAGGGGAGGAUAUGGCUACAGAAAACCAUAAUUUUCAUCUGACCCAGAUUUUAACAUGCAAAACCUGUGAUCAGGUUCUUCCAAAUUAUGCAACUGCUGCAGCUUGUACUGGUUAGUAAGAUAUUGUAUAUGAGGCACAAUAAUACUUUUUAAAGCCCACAAUUUGAGUUGUGUAACAUCCUAAUAGAUUUAGUCACUUUUAAGUCCAAUAGAACAACAGUGUGUGAAAUAAAUGUAAGUGCUUUAAGCUCAUCUCCAAGAUUCACCACAAUAGUGACUAUUUGGUGAACCUAGAUUUUAUCAUUUGUGCUCCUGGAGACUGUACUACCCUCAUUCACCAGCAGAGAGCAGUCCCACAAGGUCAAAGUUAAGGAACUUUGGUGAAGCACUAUGUGGAUAAGCCAGCACUGCCUGUGCCUUACCUGCACUGAAGACAUUUGGGAACUGCAGUCAACGUUCUAUCACUAAAACAUGUUUUUUGUAUAUAUGUAUAAAAAGCAUGUUAUGUGGUGGAGGCUAACAAGUAAGUGGAAAUUUAAUGUGCAAUCAUACCAUAACAAAAUGUCAUUUUGUUUUCACUAAUUCUCACUUUACUGUCUGUAUGUCUUUAAAAAAGUGUUCUAACACAGAAGUAGCAUCACUCCUAUGGAAAUAAGUCAUUAUAAAUUACCAAACAUUUUGUGGAGCCAUUUGUUUUGUAGACUAUGCAUAUGCAUGUAGAAAGGCUACCAAAGUUGUGAUUGGCACUUAGCAGUGCCAGAGAGCUAAUUAUUUGGGAGGGUGAUUUUAAGGCCCUGUCCACACUAUGCCUUUAAACCAUAUUACUUUAAACCAGCUUAAAAGUGCUAAAUACGGUUAUUGUCUACAAUAUGCAGUGUUUAAUACCGUACUCGAGACCACCUGUUCUAAUUAGAUCACAUCAGGUAGUACGGUUUAUCAUAAGUGUGGACGCUGUAUCCUCCAAUAUCCCAUAAUGCUUUGUGAUAUGCUAUCAGUGUACACUCCGCAAUGGGUAUUCAUUUUUUAUACUUUAAAAAAAAAAAAAAACACUGUCAGGACAUCUCUGUUAAACUAGUGGGGAAAAUAACAAAAGCACAACGUUAAACUAGGCGACUGCAAAAAUGAAAUGCAAGUUAAAAGUAGGAUCGGGGAUGAACAGUUCAUGUAAUUUAUCAGCUCUGUUUGAAAUUAAUUAAGGGGACCACAAUUAGGCUCAGGCAAGAUAUGAAGGUAAAAACAAAGAUUGUUUUGUAAUGAACAGCUUUUUCUGAGUUUAAUUAUGAAACAGAAUCAGCUCAAUUUGUUUUAACUGAGUAAAAAUAAAACCUGAAAACUUCAAGCCCUACUUGUGUGUGUUAACAUUUACUUUUUCCAAAAUACUUGUUUUAUAUCUUUUUAGCAAUAUGGACCUCUUAAUAUGGAGCAUUUAAAAUAAAAUACAGUGCAUGGUGGGGUACUAUAUCAUUAAUUUCCACUGUUCAUUGCGCUGCUAGGAACUGUAACUGAACUAUUCUAAUAGUGUGUGGACGCAUUAAGCCUGACUAAACAUGAAACGAUACUUCAGUGUGGCCGCUUUGAGCUGGAUUAAUUGGAACCGUUUCAAGUAUGGUUCUUGAGAUUGGUUAUGUAGUGUGGACAGGGCCUUAAAAGGAUGUCUAUGCAAUGUUGAAUAUGCCUCUUUGUGACUGAAUAUUGGCAAGUACUGAAUUCUCUUCCUCUGGCAUUGAUGUGUACAGAGUAUUAAAUAUCUGAGUUAUUUGUUGAAACUUGCCCAUGUAGGAAUUAACCAGACAUAUCAAAUAACUUCAGAUAUGUUACAAUGAUUUCCCUACCAUCUCUGAAUUUAUUAUAAUUGUUUUGGUUACAGCAGUUUUAAAUAAAUAAUAAAAUGCACAGUGGAUUCUUAGAUGUGAUCAAUGCAGGCUUUGCAAAUAUACUGGAUGAGGUACAGGGAAAACUUGGGAACUAGUUUAUUUGCGUUAACUUACAAUCUCAGUAUGGGACUGGGUCCCAGCCUUUUGCUUUUUAAACUAUAAUGCUUCUACAUUCAGUUACAGGUUUAAUUACCUGACUUGCCAAUCUACUGUUUUUAGGUAAAUUCAGUGUAUUUUCAGCAGACCCCAGUUUGUGACUGACUGAUUGGAUUUAAGAAACACUAUGAAAAAUGUUUGUAUUGCAAUAUUCAACAGGAGUGCAAUAUAACAGAUUGUGUUAAAGUAUAUACAUAAUCAAUUUAAAAUGCAAUUUGGUGUUGCAUAACAGCAAGAGAAAUGUUAUAAAGUAGAACUCUUUUUUCUAAAAAUCCUACAUUAUCAUUUUAAAUUCUUUAAGGGGUGUUAUAAAAAUGUCUUAAAGCUUGUCUCCUAAAGUAUGAAUACAUAAUCCUUGGUUUAUAAUCCUGAAAGAACUGGAGGACAUUCUGUUCAGAGUAGCUGGUCCUGUCUCAGUAUACUGGUUGAAUAUCUUAAACCUCUACUUGCAUAUUGGGAGUAUUUAAGUUUGCUGGGGUUUUGUUGUUUGUUUGUUUUAAUAUUUGAGUCCAAUAAAGUUUUUCUUUAAACUUAAA